AUGAAGAACAAAGCGUAUGACAUGUGUCAACAAUACCUGAGCGGACAAUGGGAUCACAUCACCAGAGAUGAGAUGGUGUUUAAGACAAUUAGAAAUGGAAGCAAUGAUUUAUAUUACUGUUCACUAUCUGAGGAUCGGGAACCGGUGGCCAAUGAGCCGAAACAUGUGUUGUUAAGACUGUAUGGCAUCGGGACUACAAUCCCGGGCGACGACUAUAAGGUUACCGAUAGUCUCAUAACAAUGCUAUUGUCUGAACGGGGUUUGGGUCCCAAACUGUACGGUGUUUUCCCCGGCGGCCGACUCGAGGAGUUUAUUCCCUCGCGUACAAUAGAGCGCCAGGAGCUCAAAGAACCGGCAUAUAUGGCAAUUAUAGCCAAAAAAUUUGCCCAAAUUCAUCGACUAGACGUACCAGUUGAUAAACACCCUGAUUAUUUAUUCAAAACACUUGAACAAUCCAUAGACACAGUGCUUAACCACAAGCCGGGCCCGGAGGACACCAAUUUAUGCCCAAACCCGGAGCUCGAGCGGGAACUCCUGGCGUACGACUUUCGCCGAGAGCUACGAUGGCUGAGACGAGUGCUACCCGAGUGCGGGUCACCCGUUGUGUUUGCGCACAACGAUCUGACAUAUGGUAAUAUACUUAUACCGGACGACCCGCUGGCCUACGAGGACGGCCUACUGGCCAUUGACUACGAGUUCGCCGCUUAUAACUACCGGGGCUUUGACUUUGGCUCACAUUUCAUGCAAAGCGCCACUCGUUUGACGCAAAUUGAGUUCAAUACCGAUUACCCGUACUUUAGGGUCGACUUUGACGCCUAUCCGACCGAUGAGGAGAAGCGACACUUUAUGUGCCAUUAUAUCAAACAUUCACCCGAUUUGAGCGCCGGGAAGGAGACGGAGGACCAGUUGAUCAAAGAGUGUGACUGUUUUGCACUCCCGGCCUAUCUAUUGUGGACUCUCUGGAGUUUAAGCAAACUCAGGACAUCGUCAGUGCGCUAUUGCUUUUGGGCGUGCGUAAUGUGCCGGCAAUACCUGAGCGGACAAUGGGAUUACAUCACCAAAUAA